AUGUACAGGCAAUUUAUUACACCAACAACAACAUCAAUUAUUGGCCGAUUUUCAACAACAACAACAGUAGCAGCAUCAGCAUCAGCAACAACAACAACAACAACAACAUCAUCGACAAUGUUGGUUACAACCGAUGAUUCUUCCGAUAUUUCUGGAUAUCAUUCCGAUUCUGAUAUGUCACCAAUAAGUACACAAUCACCAUUGGCUAGUAAUAAUAAUAGAUUAAUCAAUAACAAUAACCAUAAUAAUAAUAACAACAAAAUGUUAACAUCCACAUCAACAGUAGCGACAACAGAAAAUUCAUUUAUUCAUCUUGCUACUAAAUCGAUACAUCAAUCAUCAAAAUCAAAAAUGAUCGAACAACCAAGUGUUGCAAUAAUGACUGGUCAACCAAAUGGUACAACAUUACUUGAUGGCCAAGUAACAGUAAAUAGUGGUGGCCAUAUAUGUUUAUCAUCAUUAUCAUCAUCAUCUGUGAUGAAUAAUACUGAUUCUCAUUGUUCAAAUUCAAUUUGUCGUAUUGAAAUUGAUGGAAAAGCAAUGGCUAAUAAUAUCAAUAAUAAUAAUAAUAAUGAUGGUGAUGAUAAUCAUUUUAAUCAUCAUAAAUUAAGUACAGAGCUUUCAUGGGCCCAUUUACGUAUACAACAAUUGGAACAGCAUCAAAAACAGUUACAAGAAAAACUUACAAUACAAUCAAAACAUUUAUUAUCAUUAAGUAAUGGAAUGGAAUCUAAAUUUGAAAAUCUUGAUCAAUCUAAUCAAACAAAUGGAUUAGUUCGCCAUUAUGAAUAUCUUUAUUCACAAGUACGUGUCGAUGUGAUAGAUGCCUUGGAUCAAUUUGAUGAAUUAAAAGAUUCUAGUGAGCUUAAAAUCAAAUUACUCUUCUCAAUAGUAGUGCUUGCUCAUCGAUCUACUGAACAAACAUUUAAAGAUUUACAUUUAAAUCUACAAAAAUUAUUGAAAUUAUCGGAAAUGAUUACAACUGCUGCUGAUGCUGCUGCUACUACUACUGCUGCUACUAUGAAUGUUAAUAAUGAGAAUGGAGAAUUGCAACGAUUUUAUCAUGAUCGAAUCGAAUCAACGAUUGGUCAAUACCUGCGCAUCACUAGUGCCUAUUUUGAUAUUGAGCCUAAUGUUCAUAGUGUUUGUACACAAAUUUGGGACACAUUAUUUGAUUAUCCGUGCCUGGAAAAAUGUCCACAAUUAGUGGAUUUUAUUCGUCAAUGUGUACGUCUUUGUUGGUCAUUGAAUGUUCAACAAGCAAAUUUUACAUUAGAUAUUGAAACAAAAACAUUUCGACAAGAUUGGCAUAGUCGAACAAUCGAUUCGAAUUCUGCAUCCGAUAUGAUCAAAUGUUAUAUAUGGCCUACAUUGUUUCAGCAUGGAAUCUGUGUUCAUAAAGGAAUUGUCAUCACUUAAUCAUCAUUCUAUGGCCACCACCUGUGACAUCUAUUGCCUAAUUAUCAUUUGUCUAUGGGCAAUGCUAAUGUAUUUUUUUUUUUUUAUUCUUUUGUUUUUUUUCUGCUUGUUACAU